UAUUUGACGCUGAGUCACCGUUGGGGAGAUGCGAAAUUCAUCCAGACAGACAAGGCGACGCUGCAACAGCGAUGCUCGAACAUCCCAUUCGACUCCCUCAGUCGUGUUUUUCAAGAAGCCGUCAUCCUUACUCGACAGUUGGGGUACCGGUACCUUUGGAUCGAUGCUCUAUGUAUCGUGCAGGACUGUGCCAAAGAUUGGGUGCGAGAGUCUGAGCUCAUGGGCCGAGUUUAUUCGAAUGCGGUUAUGAAUAUUGCA